AUGAGACGUCAGAUGCCAUAUCAUAUGCACAUAAAUCUUGAGCUUUUUGAAUCUGUCCAUCUAACUCGUGCGAUGCUGCUGGAGGUCCUGAACAUGGCAGCCAACGUUUAUGAUGCUAAGCGCAAAGUCAUUUGCAAGACAUUUAGGCGUUUGCUUGAGCUAAGUGAGAGGCAAACUUUCACUGCUCCUCCUGAAAAUGUCAGGGGUCAUGUAAUGGCUGCUACACGGGCCCUUAUCAAUGGAGUCUUCCAGAUCAAGGCCUUUGAUCUCCUCAGAGAUAGAGAUGGUGUUCUUGAGAUGCUUAAAGCCAAGAUUAAGGAAGAAGCUCUGAGGAGCUACCUCUUUUCCUACUCUUCCUCCUAUGAUUCACUUGGCAGCUUGGAACAGCUGACCGAAAUGUUUGACCUCUCAGCAGUCCGGACUCAAAUAAUUGUCAGCAAAAUGAUGAUCAAUGAGGAGCUUAACGCAAGCUCUGGCAUUCCAGUUGACACAGAAGCUGUCAAUCCUUGCCGUAAUGAAAGGGCAACAGAGGCUAGGAUCGGUGGCGGCAGUCUGGAUCUACCUCAGAGGCGGAGAGAGGGCCAGGAUUUUGCUAGUGUGGCAGCUUCAGGUGGUAAUUGGCAAGAUUUUACCCAGCGAAGGCAAGGUUCUAGUCGUUCUGGAUAUAGUGGUGGUGGUGGUGGAAGAGCAGAGUUACUAGCUAGGGCAGGCUGUUGGGGCUGGCCAUUUACGAGCAGGAGGUGGAUAUUCUGGUGUCUCACGGUUUGA